UUGUUAGUACGUGUAGUUUUCGUAUUUGGUGCCGCACUUCAAAACUUUUAUUUGAUAACUUAAAUUUGACAUAACGUGGCUCAUUCAGUAGUUUCUUUUCAAGUACACUAGUCAAGGAUAUCGUGCAAGAUUGUUUUUACUUGCCUUUCUGACAGAAAUAGUUUAGUUUUAGAGUUGAUAAAUAGAACUGUUAACGUAAACAAUAAUGGCUAAACCCAGAAGUGAAUUUAGGUUCAUUUUCUUCGCUGGUGGUAUAUUCAUUUGCUAUUUCAUAUUUGGAAUGCUUCAAGAGAAGAUAACUCGUGGGUUAUACGGAGACAAUGAACAGUUCACUUGUACACUGUCACUGGUUUUGGUUCAGUGCGUGGUGAACUAUACUUUUGCCCAGAUUUUAAUGCUUUCUUGGAAACACGAGAAGGACACGACUAGAAAGAUUUACUAUUUUUCAUCUGCAUUAACUUAUCUGCUGGGAAUGGUGAGCUCUAACAUGGCCUUGCAAUGGAUCAACUAUCCAACGCAGGUUGUCGGGAAAGCAGCCAAGCCCAUACCUGUAAUGAUCCUAGGGGUACUAAUUGGUCGCAAGGUGUACCCUCUUAAGAAGUACCUUUUUGUAUUUCUCAUAGUUUUGGGUGUGGUUCUCUUCAUGUUCAAGGAUCAGAGUAAAAAGGUAGCUCAUGAGAGCCAGGGCCUCGGCAUCGGUGAGCUGAUGCUGUUCCUUUCAUUGACCAUGGAUGGUCUCACUGGAGCUGUGCAGGAACGGAUUAAAAGUGAGUCGUCGCCAUCUGCGUAUUCAAUGAUGGUCAAUACAAAUGGAUGGUCAUCAAUAAUCUGCUUAAUUGGCGUCUUAUUGACUGGUGAAAUCUUCCGGUUCAUCGCUUUUGUGUCCAAGUACCCUGAAGUACUGGUGCACCUUGCGGGCCUGGCAUUCAUGGGAGCCUUAGGGCAACUGUUCAUAUUUUUCAUGGUAUCUGAAUUUGGACCUCUCCCGUGCUCGGUGGUGACCACUACGAGGAAGUUCUUCACAGUGCUGGCGUCGGUGCUCAUAUUCGGCAACGUGCUGCUCGGACGGCAGUGGAUAGGCGCCACUGUAGUAUUCACUGGUUUGUUUCUGGACAUAUUCUACAGCAAAGGAAAAGGUCAAGCGCCGAAAAAGGUAACAGAAAAAUAACUUUUGUAAUGAAUUUGGAACAAUUUUAUGAAGAAAAGAUAGAUUAUAUUUUAUACUGGCUGUUUUAAACCCACAGAAAGAAAGU